UAACACGGAUUAUUCUUUGGCCAAAUUAGUACGCAAUUGGACUAGAAUCGUAUCGCUUGUGAAGGAAAUUAAAUAUUAAGAAACAUGAAGAGCGCGCUAGCUUUUCUUAUCGUUGGUGCUGUGUUGGUGUGCGUGCAUGCCAGGCCGGCUGAUGACCCAGCUGCCGCGGCUACCACACCCGCUGGUGCCACAACCCCAGCUGCACCUGCGGCGCCUGCAGCCACCCCUGCAGCCCCUGCCGCCCCUACAGCACCCGCAGCUCCUGCAGCCCCUGAUGCAGGCGCAGCAACUACUCCAGCGACAGAUCCUCAACCAAAUUCAAACAUUUUCGAGGACCUCAUCACCAAGGGCGAAGAAUUUGGGAAGACGUUUUUCGAGGCCCCUAUCAAAGUCGCCGGGGGUUUCCUCCAAACAUGGGGAUAGGAAAAUAAGCAGCAGCAAGAGAAUGAUUACUUCUACAUUAUAAUUCACAAAACUGUAAUUUGUUGAUAGUCAAUUCAAAUUUUGAAUUUUAGCUCUACCUGUGGUGAAAUAAAUAUUUAAGUACUAUCAA